AUGAUGCAGGCCAGCUCGUCGCAUAACCUCGCGCCACCGCGGGGUGCGCAGACGCCCCGGCGCAAACCGUCGCCUGCGCCUCCUCCCUCCGCGAUCGACAUUCCUGAGCCUGUCUAUGGUCAUGAAUCGACGCGCCGCUCUCCCUCGCCCCUUCGCAACUCGUUCUCGCCUGCCGACACGUCCUUCUCCGACGACGAAGGACCCUCGACUGACGAUCCGUGGGGCGCCUCCCAACGACCGGCAUCUCCCGCAGGCUCGAGCGCCUCUUUGCAACAAAUGGCCUCGUCCUUCACCCAGCGCCUCGGAUUGGGCGGCUUAAUGUCUCCCACGGGUUCAUCGACACAUCUCCCUAGCGACGCCGAGCUGGAAGCCGAAGCCGAGAGGGAGAGGGAUCGGAGCAGGAAAGAGGCCGAAAGGAUAUUGAUGGCUGAAGCUGCCGAGCGCCGUGCCAUGGAAGAACGCGUACUCGGGAUGCUGAACCCACCCAAUCGCUCGCAGACGCUCCCUCCGCCACAACCUAUAUUCGAAUCGUCCCCUGGCGACUCUCCAAACUCUAAAUCCGAGCGACGGAAGAGCGGCACCCCCGGCUGGUGGGAUGCAGCCAAGCAACGCCUGACACCGACCAAGGAGCCCAAAGAACCACUCACGCCAGCCCAACAAAUCAUCCUCGAAUCCAAAGAACGCGAGAAGGCCGCCGCGAAGAAGGAAUCGAAGGAUAAAGGCAAAGGCAAAGACCGGGAACGCAAGAAGUCCAACGACUGGCCCGCCGCACCGGCCGACGUCAGCGAUCCCGCCUUCGCGCCCUUGACACCUCCCCGCCGGCCCACUGCCGAUCGCAAUCCGGGAUCGAACCAAAGUUCGCCGGCGCUUAGCGUCCAGCGCUCCGUCGCUUCUUUGCCCGCAUCACUCGCGCCUUCUCCCGCCGGCAAAGGCCGCGAACGCGAGCCGCCGCCGCUUUAUGCGCAGUUUACGCCCCAGGGCACGCUCGAUACGCCUGGGACUUUACUUGCUGUUGCUAGGCGAUUUGAGAAGUUGGAACGGUGGACGGUUUCGCACGUGCGUGCACUGGAGGAUAGGAUGGGAGAUGUUGAGCGCUGGCUCGUUGAUCGCGAGCAUGAGCGGACUGCCGCUUCCUUGAAUGGAUCAGCGUCUUCCCAGAAAGGCGAUGACCGCGCCACACAAGAAGCGCUCGAAGGCGUGCGCGAGGAGAUGGCCGAGCUGCAAGGCCGUAUCGGGGAACUGGGACGCGAGAUGGCACGUCUCGCUACUCAACCAGCUAAUCUAUCCAAUGGCCCAUCGCGCGCGUCGCCGGCCAUGUCGGCCGCGCCACCCACAUCCUCAUCCUUCGCCCAGCCACAACCAGCACCAUCGUCCUUGCCCUCGCCAUACAGCGGUCUCGCACAAUCUCCACAUCAGCGAAGCCCCAGCCAAAGCCAGAACCAGAGCACACCACGACGUGCACCCAGCCAGACGCACAGUCGUACAGCUAGCCUCAGCCCGCCAUUCGUACCUCCUACAGCCCAGCGUGAACCACCGAAGAGUCGUCUUCCGUACCCAACAGGCGACUAUGCGCCCAUCUCGGCCCUUAGUCCUCCAUCAUCGCCACCAGGCAUUGCGGGCCUUCCACCUCUUGCGCACCGCGACUCGAGUUCGUCACUCGGCGCAUAUGCCCGAGCCGUCUCUCCGCCUAUGAACUUGAAUCCUCCUGCCCCCGUUGGACCGAGAGGGGCCGAACGAGGGAACAGCGUAUCUCCUACGCCUAGGAAGAGGUACACCGUCGCGCUCAAGACGUCCCCCGAUUCGACGCCCGCCGUCCUCCCCAGAAGCGACUCGCCGGGUCCUAUAACCUCAGAAGACGAAGAGGAUCCAGAAGAGACGAUCGGCAAAUCUGCCGGGAAGAGAUACGCGCCCGGAGCUGGGAACGGUAUCGGACGUGAGGGAGGUCGCGAGAGGGAUCGAGCCGUGGGCGGCUCUUAUGGUCGAGGGCAAAGCCAGGCUCGUGGAGGACAACGGGACAGGGACGAGGUGCAGCAAGUGCAGGAUAGUCCUAGCCCGAGCAUGGCGGGCGGCAGGCAGGGCAGGGCAAGACCUGUUAGUAUGAUGCCGCUUGGGUCGAGCGUGACCCCGCUUAGGAUACGGAGCCGGAGCGUGGCGAGUGCGCGGAGCGCGAGUCCAGACGAGCAUGAUGUGCCGAGUACGGCGAGCAGCGCGAGUGGGACGUUCGUGGACCCGUAUAAGGUGCGCGCACAGGAACGCGAAGAGCGCGUCAAGAUACGCAAGAUGACGGCCCCGGCAGUUGUGGCGGGUAAGCCGCGCGCCAAAGUGGGCGAUAUGGUUAAGUUCUUUGACCAGGAGGUACGGCGGUGA